AUUUUUGUGUGUAUUGUAUCAACAAAAAAAACCAAAAAGAUUCGCCAGCGGAUUUUUCCAGAUGGAGUGGCGAGAGCAGUCUUAUGUCACUUGCGACGCAGCCUUCUUGGAGGCACAGAGAUGGAUGGAGGCAGUAACCACGAAAGCAUUUGGGAGCAAAAAUUUUCGAUCUGCACUGGAGAAUGGAGUUCUGUUGUUCUGAUCAACAGCAUAAAACCAGGCAUCAUAAAGAGGGUGAACAGACUCUCCACGCCGAUUGCUGGACUGGACAACGUCAACGUCUUCCUCAAGGCCUGCAGGAAGAUUGGACUAAAGGAAGCACAGCUAUUUCACCCAGGGGACCUCCAAGACACUUCUACUAGAGUCAGUGUCAAGCAUCAAGAGACCAGCAGGAGACUUAAAAAUGUGCUGAUCACCUUGUACUGGCUUGGUAGGAAGGCACAAAGUGAUCCCUUCUAUGAUGGGCCUAACCUAAACCUCAACACUUUCGAAGGACUACUGGGCAUAGCAGCGCUAGCCAAGGCACUUGAAUCGCCCAGCCAAAGAGCGAGCAGCAGCAGCUUGAGAGAAAGAGACAGUGGUUUCAGAGAAAGCUGGUGCUGUGACAGAGAGGAGAAGGAGGAUAUAUUUCCUGUACUGAGAGAAGGAGGAGGAGUUCACAGGAUAGAGGACUCCUUGGAUAGCUUGGACUCCCUGGGUUCAAGACCACAAAGCAGAUCCUCUGACAACAUACUCAAAGGCAGCAGCGAAGGUUGUGGGAGUGACGCGGAGGCAGAUUCAGACUUCAGGAUGGCCGGGGACAGUAACAAGGAUUUGCUGCACUACCGUCGGUCAUUGGUCAUCACACCGAAAACAACUACCCAGUUUAACCAGUUCCUGCCCACCAAGGACAAGCCAGCAGCCUACAUGCCAGCGCCGCUCCGCAAGAAACGGGCAGAGCACCAUGAGGACAAUCGCCGGAGCUGGGCCAGUCCUAUGUUCACAGAGGAGGAUGGUACCUUUACAAGUGAGACCAGGCCGGAAUCCUCCAACGGAAGCGCAUCCCGGAAUUCAAUGCCACCAGCUGGAAUGCUGUGGGUUUAUGAGUACGAGAGUGGCAGUGACGAUGAGUCAGAUGCUGAGAGGCCAGAUCCUGAUCUUGUUCUGGACGACCUGGCUAGCCGACGCUUCCAUAGCCCCUCUCAAGCACUGCCUACCAACUUCGCAGUACCCAUUAACCCUUUGGAUGCUGGGAAUGCUACUAGGUUAAAAGGAAAGGGAGGAGGGGUUUCAAUGGAGAGAGGAGGGACCUGGCCAAUGGUCACAGUGACCACAAACACAAAUGUACCACCGCAGCAGACUGUGACCUGCCUCAGCAGUGGGCCAAAAACGCAGAUGUGCUCCCCCAAGCAUCAGAUGAGCUCAGUGAGGGCAGACCACCACCGCCCUCUCUCCGCCGACAGCCUCCUCCAACAGAUGUAUGAUGAUUCUGAGGACGAGGAAGAUGAAGUUGGGUACGCAGACCCUGUCGAGGAUGACUUGUACGCUCGCAAAGUGGGCCCGUUGCCCAAGGUACCCGCCGACGUGUCAUAUGACAGGUUCCUGCCCAAGUUCUGGUCACCUGAGGAGGAUGCCCACGUGCAGAAGAUCAAACUAGGAUCUCAGAGUAGACCCUGGUACAAAAAGAUCCAGGGUUUCAGCCGGAAGAAGUCUAGUGGCUCAUCCUCAGAGGAAUCGGACUGUGACAUCAGUCCCUGGCUCUCCUCAGCUUCUCCCCCGUCUGACCCCUCCCCUUACUCCCACCCCCAUGCACCGGAAGGCCCCACCUACACCAGCCACCUGGCUGCAAGUCAAAGUUCACACAGCACUCAGCCACUGCACACUGCCCCCUACAAUCUCCUCAAAAAACAAAUUACCAACAUUCCAUACUUUGAGCUCCCCCCGGUGGUAUUCCCCCCAGUUGACCCCACCUCAGGCCCCCGGCUGUUGAGAUGCGAGAAGCAUCACCUCCUGGGGCGUGAAAACCCCUUGGAGCACCCCGACCCAUUGGACAAGUCCCUGGCGAGUAUCUUCCCUGACCUGGAAAACGAUGACAUGUUUGCACGGCGAACUCACGCCAUCCACUCCAACACGGAUCUGGUCAUGCUGAAGACCCGGGUAUGCAACGCAAACUCCUGGUCCGGGCAGCUCAGCACGUCAGACCCCCAGCUCAACAUCAUUACCCAACUGCAAAGGCCGGGCAAGGGUGGGAAGACCGUUGUCACGGACAAUGAGCAGGAUGACAACGUCCUUCGAAAAGUCAAACCACCCCAAGGUAGUCAGCGGCUGAACCCGCGUUUGGGUGCAGCCGACAGCUACAGCCCAAUGCUAAUCCCUGAGCCAUGGGAACUGCCCUCUAUGCUCCAGGCUCGGCUCCUCUGCCCCCCCUCACCUUUGACCAGGGAAGAGAAAACAGAGGACAGGGAUAGCCGGGGGAAAAGAGGGGAUGGUGACGAACACCCCAAAACGGAUGACAUGCUGUUGAGGAAGUUUGGUGUAAUGCUCACUGUGGGGGUGGGGACAGUGCAUAUCCAAGGGCAGGGGUCAUGCCCAGGUAAAUUGGCUAGUCAGAAGGGCCCGUCAGUGCCAAUUUCCUGUAGGGAGAGUGAUCUGAAGAAGAUGGUGGCAAUUAGGGAAGCAAGUAGGCUGAGACACAAAAAAAGGAUGAUGAUCGAGAGAUUAAUAAAACAGAUUUAUGGGGAAAACAAGAGCAAAUCAAUGACAGAUCUUGGAGUGGAUCCAGCCGCCCUGAGGCAGGUGCGAUACGAGGAGCUACAGAAGAUCAGGGAUAUGGUCAAGAAGACUGAGGAUCAAUGGCAGGAUGACCUCACCAAGUGGAAGAACCGUCGCAAGAGUGUCAACUCUGAUAUUGUGAAGAAGAAAGAGGAGAGGGAGCAGAUUGAGCAGACCACUGCAAGCAGUGGUAUUCAGAGAUCUAGUCGGAGCUCCAUCGGCAGCCGCCUCAACUCCCUUGCUUCCCUGGACCAGGACGUGUUUGAAGAUUCUGCUCCGGUCAUCCGCCCCCGUACCCUCCCUGCCAGGAGCUACACCAUUGACAGCUCCUACACCUCUGCUAGACAAACCAGCCCUACACCCUCCACCUUUUCACCCACAAAGGAGGAGGACCCUGUCCCCGCUGAUAUCACAAUGACCAAUAGGGACAUCUCAACAUCCAGGGAUGACAUGAGUGACAGUGCCACCGAUUCUGAUAGCGACACCACCAGCGACACACCCAGCGCCGGUAAAAUGUCCAGUUUCAACCCCCACAUUCCCGUCUCAUCCCCCUCAGUAAAAGCCCCAAGCCUUGAUCCACAGUACAAGUUGGAGGACAACUCUAGCGCAACCCCAGGAAUCAAUCGAACCUCUAACUAUAACCCACAAGUUCCAAUCCUGAGCCCCUAUGAGAAAGCUCCAACCCCACUCCCAUGGUGCACCAGCGCAGCCAGGACAGAGGAGACCUCCAACGUCACUCCUGCCAUUGGCCAAACCUCCAACUACACACCUCAAGUUCCUUCUCUGACCCCAUCAGAGAAAGCCCCAACCCCUACAGCUAAAGCGGAAGAGAUGUCCAGCACUAGCACCACCACCACCCAGAGAUUUCUUCCCAAAGUGAACAAGGCCAGGCGUCUGUGGGAGGGCAAGGUGGCUGAAGAAGUGACACCCUCCAUCAGUGCUGGUUCAUUGUACAAACAACCACCUGAACACAAUUAUGUGGCAAUGGAGACAAAAAACAUACCUCCCGUUGUGUCUCAGGUUUCCAGCUCCCUCCCAAGGGGCUACGUGAGAUCAGAUAGCGCUCGGCUCACCUCCGUUGUAACGCCAAGGCCCUUUGGGAGCCAGUCCAGUCGCAUAGCAUCGCUGCCACGUGCCUACACUAUGGAUGACUCUUACAAACGUGUGAAUGGAGAGACAGAGGUUACCAUAAAGCCUUUGGCUCCUAGUCGCUAUAGCCAAAUCAUGACCUCUGAAGAUGAGGCCCCCUCCAGCUCUCCCCACAGCAGUGGAGGGGAGGAAGAGGAGGUGGAGGAGGAGGCAGAAAAGGAGAGGGGAAGGGAUGUGACCCCUACACUGGCCCCCUCUCCUGUGCCAUCUACAGCCAGGAGUCCGUCCCCGGUCCCCCAGGCCCCAAAAGUAGCCUUCCCAGUCAGUCCUGUACCUGCAAAAGACACAAACCAGGAGAGCUACGCUGACAUGCGUAUCAGUCUGAACCAGAAGCCCAACAGCAGCCAAGACUUUGGCUUCCAGACGGAAUGGAACUCCACCGGAGUUCGUGUAACAACAAUCCAACCAGGUAGCUCAGCAGAGAUGUGCCAGCUACAGGUGGGCGACGAGGUGCUAUCAGUGAGCGGGCGGAGGGUGGAUGAGAUGAGCUUCAGUGAGUGGAAGAGCAGUCAAGAGCUGGCCCUGAAGAAGGGCACCCUUACCAUGGAUAUACGCCGCCGCGGCAGGAAGAACUGGGACAUAGACCUACCUUCCCUGCCGUUUAAAAGCCGUAAGACCAUCAAUCUCACCAGUAUGGACCAUCAUCCAACACUUAUAGGUUCACCUGACAUAACCACUGUAAAUGCCACAAACACCAGCUUGGAUUUCACCUCACAUGGAUCCAUGGAACCUACCAAGGAGGUAGCCAGCCAACCAAUCAUUGAUGUGGCAUCAAAUGGAUUGAAUGGAGGUAUCCGUGAGGAGACAGUGACCUUAAGUAACAAAGAGUCUGUAGAACCCAUAUCUUUGAAAAACUUAAAACGGAGGUCAGAGUUUUUUGAACAAGGAGGAUCUGAGUCUACAAUAUCAGAUAUGCCUGUACCGCCUAUUACUCCUACUUCUAACCGCUGGUCUUGGGAUGCAGAGGCAGAGCGUCGCAGGCAGGAGAAAUGGCAGAUAGAACAGGAGAGGGUCUUACAGGAAAAAUACCGUCGUGACCAGGAGAAGCUGGAGGAGGAGUGGCGUCGGGCCCAGCGGGAGGCUGUGACAGAUGAGGAUAGUGCAAACCAUGCGGAGCCGAGAGAUUUGCAGGUGGACAACAGGAAAAACCAGUUCUCUCCUGUCUCCCAUUUUUUUCAAACCUCCCCAACCAGGGAGGACCAUGAGGAGGAAAGAAGGAAGAGGGAAGAGGAGGCACAAAGAAGAAAAGAGGAGGAGAAGAGGAUGCAAGUGGAGGAGGAGCAUCGAAGGAGGAAGGAGGAGGAACAAGAGCAGCUGCGUCUUCAGGAGGAGAAGAGGCAAAAACUGGAGGAAGAGGCGAGGAGGAGGCAGAGGGAAGAGGAGCUGAAAUGGCAGAGGAGAAAGGAAGCAGAGAGGGAGGAGAGGAAGCAUCAAGAGGCUGAACAAAAGCGUAGGGAGCAAGAGAAAAAACAGGAGAAAAAGCAAUGGAUGGGAGACUCCUAUGGCUAUGCAAGGGUCAAGCCUGUAUUAUCCAUGGCAGACAGGGAAAAGUCCAAAUCUACUCCAGACCUUGAUGACAUGGAGAAACCAGAGAUGACAGGCUGGCACAAAGGCUCAGGCGGAAUGGCCCAGAGGCUACUAGAGGAGGAGUUGAGACGAAAAGCAGACAAAAGGGCCCAGAGUCUUCAGGCCGCAUCAGAGCUGGAGUUGGAAAGGAGAAACAUCUUAAACGCCAUGAAAUACAGGGAGCCAGAAAGAGUGGGUAGCAGUGGUGGGCUGGGUGAGGCUUCAUGGAGGAAAGGCCAGCAGACACUGUCCGAGGCAGAGCUGGAGCGGCAGCAGAUCCUGCAGGAAAUGAAGAAGAAGACCCAAUUAUCCACAGACAACAGCUGGAUACGCCAGCGUUCCACCAGCACUGCCACCAGAAAGGAUCCCACCUCCAGCCCCAUCAGGAGAGGUGAGUCUCUGGACAACCUGGACACCGUGCCCUGCUCUUCCUGGCACUCGUCAUGGACACCAGGAAGCACCUCAUCCAUCCCCAACUACAGUAGGCCUCAUUCCACCGUUUCCGGCCUCAACCCCACAUCCUUCGAUGGUGGCUACAGUGACAAUGGGGUUAGAAGUCGUCCUGGCUCAGCUACCCUGCCCUCCUUUCUCUCCAUGAGUUUCCUCAAAGGAGCCGGAGGGAGCAACCAAUCUGCCUGGUCCCAGCACUCACCCUCUUCUCUCUGCCCAAUCCCUUCUCCUGGCCCCGAAUCGGAGUCACAUCUAUCCUCAGAGCAACGCAACAGGUCAGUGAGUGGCAAGAAAAUCUGUACGUUCUGUGACACAGCGCUGGGCAAAGGAGCCGCCAUGAUCAUCGAGUCCCUGGGACUUUGCUAUCAUCUGACCUGUUUUAAGUGCAUCGACUGUAAGUCUGACCUGGGAGGAUCAGAGGCUGGAGCUGAGGUCAGAAUACGAAACAGACAGCUCUACUGUAACUCUUGCUACAUGCGAUUCAAAACUGGCCAGCCAAUCUCUAUGUGACAUCACUGUACUACAGCAGAUAGAGGAAGAGACUACACUUGAGAACAAACCAUGAACACUGCAAACAUGGCAACAAGUUGUAACAUUUUGGUAGAUGACAACUUCACAUGCAUUAAUAUGUUUUAUGAUUCUGCAACAGCCCUGAUUCUUGAAUGAAGUACUAUAUUAUUCUUUAUUUUGAAAGGGUGAAAUUGAAAUAAGUUAACUUAAUAUCAAAGUAUUAUUUGCCAAUUGCAUGCACAAAGUAUGAGGGACAUGCUUGCACCUGCCAGUUUAAGACUUUGAAAAUUCUGUUUUUUUUCCACAUUUUCUGGCUUAGGGUGAUCAGAUAUCCCAGAUGGAGGGUUUUGGGAAUUUUGCAAACCUAGCAGGAAGCAAUACUGGAAAUUGAUGUCAGUCUUGUCCAUAAUAUUAUUGAUCCCGAUUACGCUAUACUUCAGAGGUGUUGUCUACGGCAAACCUGUGGUUUCUUCUCCUUUAGGGUUCCUUUAUGUCUGCAAAUCUUAUAACAUGUAUGUUGUUGUUAUUCUCUUUUUAUUUUUAUCUAUGUGCUUUUUUUGUGAUGGAGGGGAGAUCAUUUGGAUAAGAAUUAUUGAAAAUAAAAAAUAUUUUAAAACUCA